GCCUUUGAUUUAAUUAAUUUAUCCUGGGGUUGCUGCGUUGGUUCUAAUAUAUUUAUGUUUUUUAAUCCCUCCCUCUCCUAAGGAAAAUGAAAACAUUGAUGAAGCUUCAAGAGAGAAAAUGAGACAGGACAGCUUUAAGAAGAAAACAGGAAGUUGUAACCAGAAUCCAGUUGAAUUCUCAGCUGUGGCAGUGUGCCGAGAGGCUGCAAAUAAGGCAGAUGUGUUUGUUGUGCUUUUUUAUACUAUCUAGGCUUUCUUUUAUAAAAGCAGGCAUUCAGGAUUUAAUCUGUGGUAUUUUCUUUAGUUUGGCAUUUUUUAGUUUCUUUGUUAAGAAAGUAUAUAGAAUAGUGUUAAUAAAGCAAGAUGAAGAAAUUGCAGUCAAUAAAAGAUGAGGACCAUUUUUAUCAUCAGGGUGCUGUGGAGCUAUUGGUCUUUAAUUUUUUACUCAUCCUCACGAUCCUUACAAUUUGGCUGUUUAAAAAUCACAGAUUCCGCUUUUUGCACGAAACAGGAGGGGCCAUGGUUUACGGUCUCAUCAUGGGAUUAAUUUUACGGUAUGCCACAGCUCCAUCUGAUUUUGAAACUGGAAAUGUCUAUGACUGUGAUAAACUCAAGGCUGGCUUACCAACCCUACUUGUCAACAUCACAAAUCAAGUGUAUGAAUAUCAGUACAGAAGGGAAAUUAGCCAGCUUAAUGUCAAUGCACACCAAGGGAAUGUAAUGCUGCAAAAGAUGACCUUUGAUCCUUCCAUCUUCUUCAAUGUUCUAUUACCUCCCAUUAUUUUUCAUGCAGGAUACAGUUUAAAAAAGAGACACUUUUUUCGCAAUUUAGGAUCCAUUUUAGCAUAUGCUUUUUUGGGAACAGCCAUCUCUUGUAUUGUAAUAGGGUUGAUAAUGUAUGGCUUUGUAAAGGCUCUGGUGCAUGUCAAUCAGCUGAACUCUGGUGAUUUUCACUUCACUGACUGCUUAUUAUUCGGUUCUUUCAUGUCUGCUACAGAUCCAGUGACAGUCCUAGCUAUUUUUCAUGAGCUUCAUGUUGAUACAGAUCUUUAUACUCUCCUUUUUGGAGAAAGUGUCCUAAAUGAUGCUGUGGCUAUAGUACUCACAUAUUCAAUAUCAAUUUACAGUCCCAAGGAGAAUCCCAACACCUUUGAUGCUGCUGCCUUCUUCCAGUCAGUGGGGAAUUUUUUAGGGAUCUUUGCUGGAUCUUUUUCUAUGGGCUCUGCCUAUGCAAUUGUCACUGCACUAUUGACAAAGUUUACAAAACUGUGUGAGUUCCCCAUGUUGGAAACUGGCUUGUUUUUCCUAUUAUCAUGGAGUGCUUUCUUGUCUGCUGAAGCUGCUGGCCUUACAGGAAUAGUGGCAGUUCUUUUUUGUGGAGUUACACAGGCCCAUUAUACAUACAACAAUCUGUCAGCAGACUCCAAAAUGAGAACUAAACAGUUGUUCGAGUUCAUGAACUUUUUGGCUGAGAAUGUAAUAUUUUGCUAUAUGGGACUAGCACUGUUUACAUUCCAAAAUCAUAUUUUCAAUGCUCUAUUUAUAUUUGGAGCAUUUGUGGCAGUUUUUAUAGCAAGAGCCUGUAACAUAUAUCCAAUUUCAUUUAUUUUGAACGUGGGCCGAAAACAAAAAAUUCCAAAGAACUUUCAACAUAUGAUGAUGUUCUCAGGUCUACGUGGUGCAAUAGCAUUUGCACUAGCUAUUCGGGACACAGAAUCUCAGCCCAAGCAAAUGAUGUUUACAACUACUUUACUAAUUGUCUUCUUCACAGUCUGGGUGUUAGGAGGUGGCACUACAUCAAUGCUUGCAUGGCUCCAAAUCAGGGUUGGAAUUGAUCCAGAUGAGGAUCAAAGGAUAGAAACUGCUAUUCAGGCUGCAAAUAACUUGGAUAAAAGCACAACGAAAGCAGAAAGCGCUUGGCUGUUCAGAAUAUGGUAUGGUUUUGAUCAUAAAUAUUUAAAGCCGAUCCUCACCCAUGCUGGCCCACCACUUACUACCACUUUACCAGAAUGGUGUAAUCCUGUAGCCAGGUUGCUGACUAGCCCUCGAGCCUAUGAGGAGCAAUUGAAGGAUGAGGAUGGGGACUUUAUUGUCAAUAAUGAUGAACUGACCCUGAAUUAUGAUGCUUCAGACCACUUUCCUGUGCCAACCCAGAACAGAACAGAGUCAUCUCAUCCUGCUGGCAAAGAAAACAUCAAUGAUGGUGAUCUUGGCUUAGGAGGAUACGAGUUCCACUCCGAACCUGUUUCAGGUCAAUCUGAGUUUGCUUCCUCAGCCUGAUAUCCAUUAGAAAAUAUAUACUACAAAUAUCAGGAGCGGGAGAAAAGUACAUUUAUUUUUCAACAUUAGCAAGAAGGACAUAAACAGAAAAGAAGCAAGACCUUGCUGAAUCUCGCCCUAGAGUUCGGAAGAAUGAAAAUUUUUAAUAAGUCAUAAACAUUCUAUUACUACACUUAAUUUUUCUGAUAGUGGUCAUUUUAACAAUGAAGGCAUCACCUGUCUAUUAUUGGGACUGCAUAUACUGUAUACAUGUGGGCUGGAUCAUGCUUUUUGCACAUGCACAAAACCUUUUGAAUAUUUUUUUUCCUAAUUAUUCAGGAAGACAGACAAUGAGAAUUUAGUGAACAUGCCUCCAAAAUCACAGAUCUAUCAGUAUUGUUUCUCUCUUCCCAUGUAGAGCCUUUUGCAAUAAUUUGCCCUGAUUUGCCAUGAUUCCAGCAAGUAGCAAAAUAAUAUUUUCCCCUACUGUAGGGUAGUCUGACAGCAAGCGGUGCACCAGACCUGCUUGUUAAUAUUUGAGCUGCUGAAAUUUAAACAUAUCAAUAACAGAAACCCUACUAGAGCAUGAUUGUUAGUACAAAUAGCAAUUUUAUUCCCUCCUACCAAUCCAUUUGCUGCCACUCCUAUGAAACACAUCAUAAUGCAAAUACUAGGUGUUGACUUUCCUCAGCUGUUCUGAUAUUUUGUGCUUAUACCUAGAAUCUGGCAGGACAGAGAACAUGAGUAUCACGUUCAAGACUUCUAAAAUAAUGUCUGCUGUAUUUCUGCUCAUUUUCUAUACAGUAAGAAAUGAGAGAGAGAGAAUUACAUGGUAUGUUUACACGGAGGGAAAAUGUCAGCUGAAUCAUCCAUUAUAAACACAAGUACUUAAAGUAUCAGGAAAGUUGAUGACAGCCUUCCAAUUUUUUUCCCCUGAAGGCAAUGCUCUGUAUCUUUAUAUAUUAGAGACUGACCUCUUGAAGAGCUCUGGUAUGGACAGAAUCUCCUGGUUGCACUUGCAAUCCUUUCGUAUCCAAAUAUAGUUAGCCCUUUACUCUAGUUGCUUCUUUAACUGCCAGGAGCUUUUCAGUGUUUUAGUCCUGCCUGGAAACUAAUUGAAAGUGAAAUACUUUGCAUGUAAUGUAUAUUUUAUUUCUAAGUUACUGCCUUCUGCAGCCAUCCAUGACCAUACCACAUUUCUAUCUUAAUGCUCAGUAUAGUGUUGCACUUAGCAUAUAUUCUGGGUUAUUUAGCUAUCCUCAUGCGUCUGAUGGGGAAAAAUUACUUUUAAAUGUUUGCAAUUCCAGUAAAUGCUCAUGGGUAGAUGAGAUGGGAUUCUUGCAUGUAUUUUAGUGAUGCGAUGGUGGAAAUGAAGGUGUGAGAAUUCUUAUUUUUCCUUCCAUACUUAUCUCUCCAACAAGAACUUUUUCAGAUUAAUAAGCAUGAGCAGCCAAGGAAGCUAUAAAAUGAUAAGAGAUGUCUACCAGAAAGCUACACCAUCAACCAUUUCAUAACAAUAAAUUAAGCUCAAAAAACUGCCUAAAGAAUUCCAACCUAUACAUAGAAUGAAAUGGAAAAGCAAACGUCACCUUGACAGAAAAAGAAAUCUUUCUGAUUAUUGACAAACCAAUUUUGACACAGUAUUAACUCAGUAUCUGCUAAAAUAGAAAAUGGUUGCAGAAUUACAGAAGGUCUGUAGAAAAAUUUAGGAAGAACUGCUGGUCAGUGCAUCAAGGUUUCCAUUGUUUCACCUGGGAGCAUGUGAUUUGUUGCCAUCCAAGAUCUACUACUAUUUCUGCCCUUCCACUUAAAAAGAAAGUGUAUAACAGUAAUACAUAAGUUCAAGUAUUGCACUGUUCUGAUAUUUUGGUUCAUAUAGCAUAUUUAUUCAGAUUCUUCAAAACUCAUGUUUCAAAUAGAUUUUAUGAAACCAGAAGCCAAGAGUUGAGAAAUGCCAAGAAUCCAUGUAAGUUAUGGCCUUCAUCUUUCAUACUGUAUGUCACCUGUAAGAUUUUUGAUCAUAUACAUGACUUUAGUAAGAUGAGGACAAUUGCCGCUUUGCAAUUAUAUUUUGAGUAUUUUAAUGUGAAAUAUUUUUAGGCUAAAAGGUAUGAUUAGAACUGUAGUGGAUCAUGUGCAUCAACAUUGCUGCUUCCUAACAAUUUCUCAUAAAUUAUGAGAAAUUGUUUCUCCUUUUAUUCAAUAUCAGCACAUGGAUUCUUCAGCACUUAUACACCAACUGGCAUGAAGCAUUUGACAGUCUGGUAUUGAAUACCACAAAUACAUGCCAAAGAGGUAUGUAUUUACAUAUCCGUCUCCAUGGAAACCACCUUGUCCACUGUCACAUAUCUAGAAGGUAGAAAAAGGCAAUGUUAUAGCAAACAGGGUUUAAAAUCUCAUAGGACUGCACACUUAAAUGGUGCACCUGCAUUCUAGUAUAGAAUAUGACAUGUCUAGCUUUUGGAUAAAUUGCCUAAAUAUUGUGUGUAGUUUUUGCACUUGAAAUUAAUGACUAAAACACAUAAGAUUCCCUCCCUAAGAUAGUCUCUAGCUCAGUGUUUCUCAACUUUAGCGACUUUAAGAUGUGUGGACUUCAACUGCCAGAAUCCCCCAGCCAGCAUGCUAGCUGAGGAACUCUGGGAAUUGAAGUCCACAUAUCUUAUGGAUGCCAAGACUGAGAAACAUUGAGAUAGCUAAUACUUAAUAAUAGUGAUCUCACAUACUUUUUAGCCUAUGCCAAAAAAUAGCAAUUGAAAUCUGUGAACUGAAGGAUAAAUAACUAUAGUUGCAUCUUUUCAACUAUCUGGCCUCCUGUUAUUUCAGCUUGUCUACUGAAGGUUAAAAUAGUGAGGAUAUGAAUUCAAGCAGAAAUUCGGCAUGUUCAACUAGCAAACUCAUCUAUAGUUUUUCACAUUUUGAAUGGUAUAUUUUGGCAAAUUCAAUAUCACGAAGUUCAUUACAGACCAGUUUACAUGCAGGAUAUUUAUAGGAUACAAAGAAUGUCCUUGUCACAUGUUUAACCCUCACAUUGCAUAAUGCAUUUCCACAGAGACGCUAUCUCAUCUCAGGAAUGCAGCAUGAAGUUCCUUAUUAAGCAGCUGUGAAAAAGUUAUUGUUUCAUAUGCCAAGUUGAAGUUUAUGGAACCAAAGCUCCCAACUUUAGAAAUAACCAGUAGGACUACAUGCCAGGACUUCUUAGUAAAACAGUGAAUGAUUGUAAAUGUAAUAAAUUUUGAUUCCAUCAUCAAUGAAAAUGGCAACAAAAACGUAUAUGUAAUCAAGUUUUAACCCUGUUUUUUCACUGUCUGUACUGUCACAUUUAAUCAAUCGCCAGUUGAAUGUGAUACUACAGCAAUCAUGUUAAUCAUAAAUUGAAAGCAAGAAUCCUAAGAUAAAAAACUGACAUGUUUUAUUUAAUUUUCUUUCAAAAACAUGAAUCAGACACUUUUAAAGGAACUUACUUCCUACAAGGAAAAAUAUAUUUUUACUAUUCUGAUAAUUAAUCCUAAUGAAAAAGUCAGUUCUAUAUUUAUCAUUUUCUGGGCUAUACCUGGCUGUUUCAGCAGAAACAGCAAGAAAAGAAAUGAACAAUUGACAUAUCAGAAUACUUAUGGGAUUUAGGGCCACAAGAAUAAGGAGAGACUGCUUGCUGGGUGCUUCAGGAAAGGAAGGAAUGUUUAUAUAAAUAAAUUUAUAUAUAUAAAUAAUGAACAUAUGAACUAUCUUACUAAAAAACUACAGGUCCAUACAGAAUUCCUUUAAAAUGUACAAUUAAAAGGUCAAACAUACCUCAAUACAGGAAUUGUAUAUCUCAGUAUAAGAAUUAAGAAUGAUUGGAUUAUGUUUUGCUGUGUAUAAAUUCUGUAAACAUUGUGCAAAGAGCAUUGAGUUAGAUACAGUUUAUGGAUAACUCCUAAUCAAAAGAGAAAUAUAUUAGGCUGAAAUGUUCCAAAUUUUGUUAACUUUGAUGUACUGUAAUUAAGUGAACAGAAUGAAAUGGUAUUUUCUGGCCCAGGAUUUUCUAUCUUCAUCUCAAAUAAAUUUUGCAUAGCUCCUCA